UCAUCCCUCACGUGUGUUUUUAAUUACGUUGUUUGUGGUUAUGGAAACUUAAAAAUUAUUUAUUAAUUGUAGACAACGUUAGUGUAAAAACUAUGACAAAAAAGAAACAUAAUAAUUUAAGUGGCUGGAAACCACUAAAAUUAGAAGGUUCUGUAUUUUCUAAUAAUGUUGAAGAUUUAAUUGGUAUUGAGGAAUUAACUGAUUAUAAAUUGGAAAAGGAAAACAACAAGACAAAGAUUGUAAUUUGCAAUGAGGAAAGCAAUAUCAAAAAAGAUAAGGUAUCACCAAAGCGUAAACGUUCUAAUAUAUGGUUAGAAAAUGAUAUAGAUGUUAAUGAACCAUUAUUAAAAAAAGCUAAGAAACUAAAAUCUAAAGAAAAGAAAUUAAAAAGAAAAAGCGAUGAAAAAGUAUCAAAAUGUUUAUCUUCAAAAAAUGGUGUGGACACCAAUUCUAAUAAUAACAAUCAAUUUUCUAAUGAAUAUAAUGAUGAAAAAAAUGAUAUAAAUGACAAUAAUGCUCAACAAUGGCAUAUAUUAGGUGUACCCACUCCUAUAAUAAAGGCAUUAAAAGAUCAACAAUUUUAUAUUCCAACUCAUAUUCAAGCAUUAACUUUACCUCCAGCAAUAUUGGGUCAUAGAGACAUAUUAGGUGCAGCUGAAACAGGUAGUGGAAAAACAUUGGCAUUUGGAAUUCCAAUUAUAAACGGUAUUUUACAAUUAAAAAAUAAGGAGUCAGAUAUGGAAUUUAGGAAGAAAACAAGUGAAAUUAUUGACAAUAAAGGCUGGAUUUGUUCUGAGAAUGAAAUGAUAGAAAAUGAUAAUAGCUCAUCUGAAUUUGAUUAUGAAGAAGAUGUUGAAAGUCUUAAUGAAAAUAAUAUAGGUUGUGUACGUGUAAUUAAUAAUGUAAAAAUGAAUGAAACACAAAAUUAUAUGAAGCCACUCUAUGCACUAAUAUUAACACCAACUCGUGAAUUGGCUAUUCAAAUUAAGAAUCAUUUAACUAAAGUAGUCAAAUAUACAGAUAUUAAAAUAGCUGUAGUAUUAGGAGGAAUGGCUGCAGUUAAACAAGAAAGAAUAUUAAGUAAAGAACCUGAGAUUGUAAUUGCUACACCUGGUAGAUUAUGGGAAUUAAUACAACAAGGUAAUCCACAUCUUAACAAAGUGGAUUCUAUUAAAUAUUUGGCUAUUGAUGAAACAGAUAGAAUGUUAGAAAAGGGACAUUUUCAAGAAUUGCAACAAUUACUAGAAAAAAUAAAUACAAAUGAAAGGAAAGUGAGAGAAAGGCAAACAUUUGUAUUCUCUGCUACAUUAACUAUGGUGCAUGAUAUUCCAGAAUAUUUAGAAAAGAAAAAAAGGAAGCAUAGUAAAAGCAAAAUACAAAAGCUUACGCCAGAUCAAAAAUUACGAAAAAUUAUGGAAUUGGUGGGAAUUAAAAAUCCAAAAAUUAUCGAUGUCACUAAAAAAUCAGGUACGGCCACUAAUUUAACGGAAUGUAGAAUAGCGUGUACAAUAGAGCAUAAAGAUUAUUAUCUUUAUUACUUUUUGAAAAGAUAUACUGGUAGAACAUUGGUGUUCUGUAAUAGUAUUGGUUGUGUAAAACGCUUAGCUACUCUUUUUGGAAUACUUGAUUGUAGACCUUUACCAUUACAUGCAAGUAUGCAGCAAAGACAAAGAUUAAAAAAUCUUGAAAGAUUUCAGGCGGAUGAAGACGGAUUAUUAAUAGCUACUGAUGUAGCUGCAAGAGGUUUGGACAUUCCAAAUGUUGAGCAUGUGAUACAUUAUCAAGUUCCUAGAACAAGUGAGAGUUAUGUACAUAGAAGUGGGAGAACAGCAAGAGCACAAAAGGAUGGUAUAACAGUUCUUAUGAUGGAACCAUCCGAAAAGCAAUAUUAUAGUAAAUUAUGUAAAACACUUGAUCGAACGGAAGAUUUACCUAUGUUUCCUGUAGUUGAUAAACUGUUAAUCGCAGUUAAAGAAAGAGUUGAUAUUGCUCGAGAAAUUGAUAAAUUGGAAUUGAAAUGUCGUAAGGAUAAUUCGCAAAAAGGUUGGUUACGUAAAGCAGUUGAAGAAAUGGAUCUGGUUUUGGAGGAGGACGAAGAAGAUUUGACAACAGAAAUGAAAGAAACAGCAGAUUUGAAGCAUCAUUUAAAAAUAAAAAAGCGUCAGUUGGCAUCGCUUAUGUCGAAAACGAUAUUUCCGAAAGGUUUUUCCGGGAAAUAUCCUGAUAUCAGUACCGAAUUUAAAUUAAACGAAGACCACCAGAAAGCCGUUGAUGUGAUGAAAAAAGUUAUAGAAGAAAUUCCAGCGAAGAAAAAAGAAAGAAAUAAAAAAUCUAACGUAAAUAAGAAUUCUUUUAAAAGCAAAGUUCAAAGAAAGAAGAAUAGGAACAAACGAAGUGUAACAUGAAUUCUUUUUUAUUGAAAGGGAGUGAUUUAUAAAUAAAGAUUUCAUACAUCUUC